AUGGCAGCCCAACAACGGCGACCACCACCAUCGGAUUCAUCACCGUCUCCGGCAACCCGCAGUGGUGAUAUCGAACAAGUAGACGAAGAAAUAACAUUCGACAAAAUACACCCGGGCUUUAUGAUUCCCGAUCUUUUCACACAACUCCCGCCCGUACGGGACACCCUCGUCACGGGCACCUCUACGGUCCAGGAUGAGACCGUCGAGGUCUGUCUUCCGUUCCUGGCCGGGGAGGAUGGGGAUUUCAAGUACAACGGACACGGCGUGCCCGGUAUUUACAGGGCGAAGCACGUCCGGUUCUUGCAUCAGUGCUUGGGAAAACUUCCCGCCCGCUUCGUGGCUGCCGACGCUAGCAGGCCGUGGUUUCUGUACUGGUGUUUGUCGGCGCUCACCAUGCUUGGAGAAGAUGUGACAUCUUACCGGGACUCGAUCAUUCAGACUGCGCGCUCGAUGCAGAACGACACGGGUGGGUUUGGCGGUGGUGGCAGGCAGCUCUCCCACAUAGCGACGACUUAUGCUGUGGUCCUGUCACUUGCGUUGGUUGGGGGUGAGGAGGCAUAUCAAGUGGUUGAUCGGAAGGCGAUGUGGAAGUGGCUCGGCAGCUUGAAGCAACCAGAUGGCGGAUUCCAGGUCUUCGUUGGGGGCGAGGAAGAUAUCAGGUAUGUCUGUUCAGGGAAACAAGAGAAGAAGGUUCAAGCUGACCACCGAGAAAGGGGGGCAUACUGCGCAGCGGUCAUAAUCUCACUGCUGCGUCUCCCGCUGGAUCUGGCACCCGAGUCCCCGGCAUAUACGGGAAGCAGCAGUGUCAACCUCCUCACUGGUGUAGCCGACUAUGUACGACGAUGUCAAACAUUCGAAGGCGGCAUAUCAGGCCAGCCAAACGCCGAGGCCCACGGGGCAUACGCCUUCUGCGCGCUUGGUUGCCUCGCACUUCUCGACCACCCAGGCCGCAGCAUCCCAAGCUAUCUCGACGUUCCACGGCUGAUCGCCUGGUUGUCGUCACGGCAGUAUGCACCCGAGGGGGGCUUCUCCGGACGCACCAACAAGCUGGUUGACGGCUGUUACAGUCACUGGGUCGGCGGAUGCUUUCCACUCAUCGAGGCAUGCCUCAACAGCAACAUAGGCCGCAGUAGCAGCGGUGGGGCCGUGGCCGCAGACGACCCGGCCGCCACCGCCACCGCAACCACUCGCACCACCACCAAAACCAGUCUACAGCCAGCAGACGAAAGCCUAUUCAGCCGAGAAGGUCUGAUCCGGUACAUUCUCUGCUGCUGCCAAGACCAGACCAGACGGGGCGGCCUGCGCGACAAACCCGGAAAAAUGUCAGACGCCUACCACUCCUGCUACGUCCUCUCGGGCCUUAGCUCGGCCCAGCACCAGUGGGAGCUCGACGCGCUCGAGGAGCCCGACGCGCAGCAGCCCGACGACGCCGCUGCCGCUGCCGCCGGGCCCAAUGAGCCACCCAGCAAGCCAGCGGCCGACCACCCCCGGGAGGCGGUGUGGGCGGUCCUGCCCUACCUCGACGGCCUGCAGGUCUUCGACAACAAGGACCGCGUGCGCCCCAUCCAUCCCGUCUACGCCAUCCCGCAGCCGAGCGUGCGCGCGAUUCAGGACUACUUUACGGACAGGCCAGGGUUCUGA